UUUUUCAUCCUCUCUCCCUUCCGUUUCUAUUCUCCCAGUUGUUGGAGAAGAUCCGGAAAGGGGGGGAAGGGCUCAAAGAAAGCAGCUGCGUGUCCUCUCCUCUCCCACCCCGCCUGGGUGGGGGUGAGGGGGGUCUGCACUGGUGCGCGGGCCUCUCCCCCAAAACCUAGGCGGAAGGGUAGUUCGAGGGCUCGCACGAAUCUGAAUAUAGUGUACCCCUCCUGAAUUGAACAGCCGGACCUCGCCCGGCACCUCCCGCGGUCCUGGGGGUGGGGGCUGCUUACAAAGACAUUCCACUGGGGACAUCGACAUCCACCUCCAUGGCAGGUUACUUACCCCCCAAAGGCUAUGCCCCAUCACCCCCGUACCCAGUGGCCCAGCCUGCCUCAUAUUCCAAUCCUGCACCUGUCCCAGGCCACAUUGUCAACCUAUUCCCUUCCCCUGGUCCUGUGGCCCCUUUGGAACCAGAACCAGUUACUGUUCCCUUCCUGCCAUUGCCCGGUGUCCCUUCUGGCCUGGAAUUCCUUGUACAGAUUGAUCAAAUCCUGAUUCAUCAGAAGAUUGAGCGGGUGAAAGCACUUUUUGGCUGGGAUAUCUGUAACCGAUAUGAGCUACAUUCUGGAGCAGGGCUUCCACUUGGCCAGGCAGUUGAGGAAAGCAGCUGCUGUGCCCGCCUCUGCUGUGGGGCUCGCCGGCCCAUGCGUAUCCGUGUGGCUGAUCCCAGGAACCGUGAGGUCCUGCACUUGAUCCGCCCUCUCCAUUGUGGGUCUUGUUGCUGCCCCUGUUGCCUUCAGGAGCUGGAAGUACAGGCUCCCCCUGGUACAACUGUUGGGCAUGUACUACAGACCUGGCAUCCCUUCCUGCCCAAGUUCUCAAUUCAGGAUGCAGAUCGCCAGACAAUGCUUCGAGUUGUGGGGCCGUGCUGUGCCUGUGGUUGUGGCAGUGACACCAACUUUGAGGUGAAGACUAAGGAUGAAUCUCGGAGUGUGGGUCGGAUCAGUAAACAGUGGGGAGGCAUUGGGCCAGAGGCCCUAACUGACGCAGACCAGUUUGGCCUCCAGUUCCCCUUGGACCUGGAUGUUCGAUUGAAGGCUGUGCUGCUGGGGGCAGCCUUUCUUAUUGAUUACGUGUUUUUUGAGAAGCCAGGAGAUGCCAGUUCGGGGCCCUCAGUCGUCACCAGUUAGAGGCUGCCCAUGCAAUCAAAGAUAGAUAUCCUGGCCACAGAAUUUCAAGACGUCUACCACCAGCCUGGCCUGGCCCCAGGAUCAAAGAUGGCCACUGCCACCCUCCAAGAUGAUGGUGCCCUGAGGAGACAGAUCUAGGAGUGAAGGCUAGGGCUUGGGUAACCCAAAGAAACUUUGAAAGCCUUCAUUAUGAAGACUGAGGCUCUAUUCCCUACAAGGAGUAAAUGAAAAAACAAAUGCUGCAUGUGCUGAAUGCUAAGGGUUUUUGUUUUAGGCCCCUUCCUCUUUCGGAUCCUUCAACUCAACCCCAAACUCAUAAUGAUGGCACUAGCCAUCUCCCCCUUCCCCUCAUUUACAGUUUUCUACCUCCUCUGCACCUGAUCUGACCCCAUCUUACUUCCCAGCAUCAUAAUAUCAAAAGGAAAAAUAGAUGUAGGGGCUGGGGGAUUUUAUUGUGUCAGUAGCCCUGCCCCCUUCAAAAAACCAUAGACCUUUUUAACUCUUUCUUUAAUAGAUGAGGAAGCUGGGGUCUAGUAAAAGUAGUUUGACCAAAGUCACGCAAUGAGUUGGUAUUAGGUGGCAGAGCUUAAUCCCAAGUCUUCUGGUUCUUAGGCCUGUGAUUCCCUCCCCCCACCCUGCUCAUUUUACAGCAUAUAUUUUCUUCCUUGGCCAACAUAAACCCAAUCCCCCUAGAACCCUUCUUGGACCCAUGGCACUUUAAGAGGAGGCCAGAUAACCCUCCUUCACCAUCCCCUUUGGGGCUGAGGCCCCCAGUACCCAACUAUCAGGUUCCCAAACACCAUUUCUCCUGCCCUUUCCCAAGCUGGUGCUUAUUGCAGCUUUUCUUAUGCCUUAUUUUACAUUUUUUCUCCUCCCCCUGCCUGGACAUCAGGGAGGAUAAUGUAUCUUUGU